CCGUUGGAGCAGCAUCGCUUUGGCGAGCACGGUCACGUUUUUAAAACCGUUUGACUUUAAACUAUUGUGAGACACGAGAUUGAUUUUUUUUUUGUGGAAAUCGAUACAGUGUAAUGCGAAUAGGAGACAAGAUAAAAUCACUUACAUUUUUACAUGUUUUGUAAAGAUAGACAGUGUGUAUAUUGACAGUGUACAAAAUGAACAUAACGCUAACGGAGGUGAAUUUUACCGUAGAAACUCGGUUUGAAGAAUUUACAACGCCUGAGCUCGGUGGCGUUACUGAUGGAUUUAUCGAACGCAAAUGGAAUGCAUUGCUAGAUGUUAUCGGGGAUAAUCCCGACAACCUGUACGUCUGGUACUCGAUGCUGUACUCGUACGGUCUGUUCUGGCUGCUCGGUGGACUGUUUGUGCUGAUGGACCUGACGAAUCGGCCGCACUGCAUGCGCAAGUACAAGACGCAACCCGGCACGAACGAGCCGCUCAGCUGGGCACGGUGCAAACAGCUCAUCCGCACCGUCGCCUACAACCAGCUAGUGUACGGUGUCCCGAUGACCUACUGUUCCUAUCACGCCCGCAAGCUCAUCUCCGACGAGGUGCCGAACGUACGGAUCCUGCCGACGCUGGACGUUAUCCUGCGCGAUAUGCUGGUUUGCAUCGUUGCCUGGGAGGUGGCCUUCUACUACACGCACCGGCUGUUGCACACCAGCUUCUUCUACAAGCGCAUCCACAAGCAGCACCACGAGUGGCCGGCCCCGGUUGCCUGGUCCGCCAUGUACGCCCAUCCGUUCGAGUUCAUCAUCAGCGACCUGUUCCCGGUGUACCUCGGGCCGGCCCUUAUGAAGUGUCACAUAUUUACGCUCACGCUCUGGCUGACGUUCGUAAUGUGGGACACGCUCGGCGACCAUUCCGGCUACCAUCUGCCAUUUCUGGGCAGCUCGGAAUCGCACGACUACCAUCAUAUGACCUUCAACCAAUGCUACGGCAACUACGGUUGGUGCGAUCGGCUGCACGGUACGAAUGACGAGUUUCGGAAGAAGAAGCAAUACCAAAGGCACUAUCGAAUUUUUAGUCUCAAAUCGGCCCGGGAGCUAGUCCCGGCUAUGCGACAAACGUUGGGAUCAGCUGCUGCACCGCGAAAUAUUGGAGUUUUGGCGACUAGCAACAGCAUGGAGUACGCAACAAACCUUUCGGACACGCAUCUGCAGGUGGCCCCGUUGACGCUGGCAAACAUGUCAACGAGUGGAUCACCGACGAUCGCUUUCAACUACCUCGAACGAACGUGGAACAGCCUGCUUGAUUUGAUAGGUGAUGAUCCCGAUGUGCUGUACGUAUGGUUUCUUACCGCCUACGUGUACGGUCUGUUCUGGAUCGUGGGCCUGGCGUUCGUCACGAUGGACCUAACCGGGCGGCCACAGUGCCUGCGGAGGUACAAAAUACAGCCGGGCAAGAAUGAGCCUCUGCCGUGGAAUCGGUUCAAGCAGCUCGUCCUGACCGUGCUGCGCAAUCAGCUCCUGUACGGCAUACCGACCAGCUACUUAGUGUUUCACAGUCGCAAACUGUGGAUGGCCGACGAUAUACCCCCGGUGCGGAUACUUCCUCCGCUCUGCACCAUCGCACAGGACCUGCUCGUGUGUAUCCUGUGCUGGGAGAUCGGUUACUACUACACGCACCGAUUGCUGCACAGCCGGCUGCUGUACCGGCACUUCCACAAGCAGCACCACGAGUGGGGUGCACCGGUUGCGCUGGCCGCGAUGUACUCCCAUCCGGUGGAGUUUGUCCUAAGCGACCUGCUGCCCGUGUAUGCCGGGCCGGCAAUAAUGCGCAGUCACGUCUUUACGAUCCUGAUUUGGUUCACGUACGUAACGAUCGACACCCUGGCCGACCAUUCCGACUACCAUCUGCCGUUUCUGGCCAGCUCCGAGUUUCAUGACUACCAUCAUCUGAAGUAAGUAGUGUGGUCAAAACAAAUCACAAUUAAAAAAUCGGUCGAAGAAGAAUUCACUUUACGAGCGACAGCGACUCGUCGAUGGGCGGCUUUUAACCUUCCUGGGACAUUUUUUUUUUUAAUUUUCGCCUCUAAUAGCUUUAACCAGUGUUACGGCAACUUUGGACUGUGGGACAUCGUGCACGGUACGGCGGACGAGUUUCUGAAGAAAAAAC